GCGCUAAGAAAACGAUAAGAUUCGAUUCGAAAAACGAGCAAUCGCAAUGGCCUUUUUCUUUCGGCCAUGUCAUGCGAGGUCACUUUUGCAGACGACCGCUGGAGAGCAUGCGCCGUACGCUGCUCGCGGUCCUUCUCCUCGUUGCGUCGGCGUCGGCCAGCAUCUUCUCGGGCUUCAACAUUGGCCGCGAGUUUUCGUACAUUGGCAAGUUUUGCUUUGGCUUUGACGAGGACUUUACCAAGACGGUGGGCGUCAUCCAAGGCCGUAUCCGCACGCCGGACGACGGCGUCCAGCUCGCCAUCUACGACGACGAAGCGAUGUUUUGGCAGUACGUUAUGGGCCACGACGACGCAACGUGUGACUGUGAAUGCAAGCUCUCGGCAGCACACACCAAGUACGUCUUCAACGUCAGCCGCGCGACCGACAACCUCCACGCGUUCCAGUUCAACUUUUCCCUCGAAGAACACUUGCGGCCGCGCUUUUGGUACGUGGCGCUCGCCAAGUGCGUGCCGGGUGGCGCCGCGUACACGCCUUCGUUUUUGAAAAUGUCGCCGUCGGACUUUCUCAAGUACUACUUCACCGCGUGGUACUACCUGCACUUCACCCAAGGCGACGGCAGCGAGGUGCCCGUGUACCAAGAGGACCUCGACAUGGUCUACAUGGCCUUUGCCGUCCUCUCGGGCAUCGCGCUCGCCUUGCAGAUGACGGCCGCGCGUCAACUGCACCGGUCGGAAGCCUUCCACCCGAUCAUCCAGCUCGUCACGACGAUCGCAACGGUCUUUUUCUCUGCGAACGCCAUGCUCGCGCUGCACUUCGCAGCGUUCAAAUGGAACGGGUUUGGGAUCCCGCUUCUCCUCGGGCUCGGCCGCGUCUGCCAAGCGCUCCUGCACGUACUGACGCUUCUCCUCGCGAUGCUCAUUGCGAAGGGCUGGACCAUCAACUCGAUCACGCUCGAAGGCCGGUCCAAGCUCACGACCGUCAUGGUGCUGCUCCUCGUCUUGUACGUCUCCCUCGCCAUGUGGUACCUCAUUGGGUUGGACCCGGCCUCGACCCUCUACCUCUACGACUCGUGGCCCGGCCUCGGCAUUUGCGCGCUGCACUGCUUUGUGCUCGUGUGGUUCCUCUCGACGCUUUCGCAGACGCGCCAAAAGGAAGACGUGCUCGAGAAGCGCGCCUUCUUCACACAGAUGGGUGUCUUGUUUGCCAUCUACGUGCUCUCGGUGCCCUUUAUGGUCGCAUUGGCCUCGCUUCUCUCGCCGUGGGUCCGCGAAAAGAUUGUCGACUCGGUCACGGUGGGGAUUGAGUUUGUCACGUACUCGAUUUUGAUCUUCCUCCUCUGGCCGUCCCGCGCCCCCAAGUAUUUUGAGCGCCUCUACUCGCUCUGCGGCACGAGCGCCGAAAAGACCAACCUUCGCGACGCGUCUUUGCCAACCGAUGUCUUGUAAAGGGUUAAGAAAACACUCGUCUACACCCGGC